AUGCGGAGAACACUGCGGAGAACACUACGGAGAACACUGCGGAAAGAGAAACCAAGCGGCAACAAGGCCACCAUCGUCAAGAACACGGCUCAGCUCUCCAAGAUCCCACGUCAUAUGCUCUCCACGGUUCCACAUCAAAUCAUCACUCAGCAAGCGGAGAACACCACUGCAACUUGGCCUGUCAUCCCCACUACAUUGAGGAGCAAGAGGAGGAACUACAACAGGCAAAUGCGGAGAACACUGCGGAGAAACCAAGCGGCAACAAGGCCCCCAGCACCAAGAACAGGCUCAGCUCUCCAAGAUCCCACGUCAUAUGCUCUCCACGGUUCCACAUCAAAUCAUCACUCAGCAAGCGGAGAACACCACUACAACUUAGCCUGUCAUCCCCACUGCAUUAAGGAGUAA